GAGUAAAAGCGCGACCUUUUUUUGCACCCAACCCCGUAACCCGGAUUCACUUUCCUCGCAAUCGUCUUCGAGACUGAACGUAUACACUGCUCAAUAUUUCAACGCUGUCGAAUGUGUUAUAACAUCUCGUCGCGUCAAACUGCCGAGUGAGUCGUUGGAUGUCGAAGGGUACGAAGUAUAAUGUUACUUAUGUCGUUGUUGCUUUUGCUGAGAUUUGAAUGGACAAUUGGAUACAAUGAUUUUCCAUCGUUGAUGACUGCUAAUGCUACAAUGGCUGUCGUUGUUGAGAAAACAUUCUUCAAGGACGACAACGACUACAGAGAUGGAUUAGCGGACAUUACUGAUUUAGUCAUUGGUAUCAUAAAGGACAAUAUGAAGAAAGGUGGUAUUGAUACAUUUGUAUUUGGAGAUACCAAUACUGACUUGAAACGAGAUUAUACGAUUUUACUCUCAGUGGCAACUUGCCAGACAACUUGGAAUUUAUUCAAGCGAGCGCUGCAGGAAAAGCUUGUGCAUCUAGCUAUAACUGAUUCGGAUUGUCCGAGGUUGCCGGAGGGCGAUGGCAUAAGUUUGCCACUUAUUGAUUCUGGUGAGGAAUUGGCACAAAUCUUUCUCGAUCUUCGAAUGUCAGCCACUCUUGCGUGGACCAAAAUUAAUUUUCUCCAUGAUGACACUUUUGAUCGCGACAUGAUCAGUCGAGUGGUAAAGGCGUUGUCGGUGGAGUUGCCGAACAAAAGGUUAUUGCUGUCGACCCGUGCCAUCUUUUCCGUGCACUACGACAAGUCAGAUAGUGUUAUGAAGCAACGUAUUCACAAUAUGCUUGCGGACUUUCACGUCGAACAGUUGGGUAGCUGUUUCAUGGUCAUCAUUUCCAUUGAUAUGGUGCCUACCAUGAUGGAAGUUGCAAAGUCACUGAGAAUGGUGAACCCAGAAAGCCAAUGGCUGUACGUCAUUAGCGACGGUGCGGGCCACGAUGCCAACGUCACAAUGUUCCUCGACCUCCUCGCCGAGGGCGAAAACGUCGCUUUCAUCUACAACGCCACCAACCUUGGCCCCGAGUGCAGCAUGGGACUGGCGUGUCACAUCAAAGAAUUGGUGCGCGCGUUGGCGAGAGAAUUGACUGAGCUCCGCUCUGGCACGACCAACACCUGCGGGGAGUGUAUCAGUUGGAAAAUCGCGUCGGCAAUCACAUGGGGCGCAUCGUUUGCCAUCAACGAAGCGAAACAACAUCGCAAAGCCAAAACAGAAUCCAAGAAGAAAGCCAUCGGCGAACUCAUUGACUCGGGCACCUGGAGUUCGGCCCCUGGUGUUCGAAUGAAUGAAGUGUUAUUUCCCCACAUCGAGCAUGGCUUUCGGGGCAGGUCACUGCCCGUAUCGAUCUAUCAUAAUCCACCCUGGCAGAUCCUCUCACUCUCGAACACAGAUCAGCUAGAAUUCGGAGGAUUGGUCUUUAACAUUCUCGAUUAUCUGAGCUUGAAGUUAAAUUUUACGUAUACCAUGCAGUUGCCGUCGGACAACGAUGUACUACGCAAAUCCCAGCAUGAUAAUAACAAUAAUACCAUCAAGAGCAAGAAAACCGUCAAAUUCGAUGAGAACGAGGCAGCGAUAUCAGUAGCACGGAAAGUGCCAGCGGAAUUGAUCGAGCUUGUACGCGAUGCGCGAGUGUUCCUUGCAGCGGCUGCUGUUACGAUUGGCGAGAACACGAGAAACAUCAAUUACACUUACAUGAUCGCCCAACAGACCUACUCGCUAUUGUCGGCCAAGCCGAAGCUGCUUUCACGUGCUCUUCUAUUCAUGGCACCCUUUACGUCCGAGACAUGGGCGUGUCUAACAUCAACACUUUUAUUGGUUGGACCGUUUCUGUACAUGAUUAUAAAACUAAGCCCAAAACCAAUGGAACCCGACGAAGUCGUUGGCCUUUCGACCACUUGGCAAUGCACUUGGUACGUUUAUGGCGCUCUUUUACAACAAGGUGGUAUGAGUCUACCAAAGGCAGACAGUGCGCGUUUGAUAGUUGCCACCUGGUGGAUCGUAGUUAUGGUCGUAGUUGCAACUUAUUCUGGCAAUCUUAUCGCUUUUCUGACUUUUCCACGAAUGGACGAUCCAAUUGAUACCGUUGACGAUCUUAUCGCGCGUCAAAAUGAAUUCACUUGGGUUUAUCCCAACGGCAGUGCUUUGCAAAAUUAUCUCGUUACUGCUUCGCAGGAGACUGAUAAGUACAAAAAGCUACUGGACGGUGCCAAGCAAGAGGAUCCAACCGAGCCGCGUCGUGCAUUGGCUAAGGUGAAGGAUAGCAAUUAUGUUUUAAUAGAUUGGCGUACGUCUGAGGCCUUUCUCAUGCGACUUGAUCUUAUCGAAACCGGUGUAUGUAACUUUCACGUUGGCACUGAGAAUUUCAUGCAUGAAAAUAUGGGAUUACUCGUUGCUGCUAAUAACCCUUAUAUUGAUCUCAUCAAUAAUGCAAUCAUAAGAAUGCACGAAGCAGGCCUUAUCAGCAAGUGGUCGUUGGACGUACUACCAUUGAAAGACAAAUGCUUCGUAAAUAAAGCAAGUCAGGAAGUCACCAAUCACAAAGUUGACAUGGGCGAUAUGCAAGGAAUAUUUUUCGUACUCGCCAUCGGAUUCACUCUGGCGGUGGUUCUCAUCGGUAGCGAGUUCAUCUGGCACCACCGGAAAAUCCUUGCUGAGAAAAAUUUGAUUCGACCGUUCGCAUCGUAAAUUCGUUUCCUCGGCCUUUUUUCGUCUAACUAUUUUAUUAUGCACCUACACGUGUAAUUCGUCGACAAGGAUUAUGUAAUUGAUUUUUCCUUUGGGAAUGAUAUUUUUGUAUUAAAUGUUGUAGUUAAUAAAAAA